GUGAGGUCUAGCAUUUCCUAGCUCUGGCCUUUGCCAGGCAAAGACCGCCCAUUGGAAUUCGGGCCUCCCUGCAGGACGGGCCCGUGACUAUCAACUUCCACCUCUAUGUCCUCCACAGCUCUCCUGGUCAUCUAUCCCCUCCACCGAACAUGAAUGCCCCAGACAGAUUCGAGUUGUUCAUCUUGCCAGAUGGCGUGGAGAAGAUCAAGAUCAUCCCAGAUACAAAGGUGCCCAAUGCUGCCAUCAUAAAGAUCGAGCGUGAGGACCACACGCUUGCCAACAUGUUACGCGCUCACUUGGCCAAGGACGACAGAGUCAUUUUUGCUGCCUACAAGGUCGAGCACCCGCUUUUUGCCAACUUCGUGUUGAGAAUCCAGACCGAUGACGACUACACGCCCAGAGACGCCUUGAAGAACGCAUGCUCCAGUUUGAUUUCGGAGUUGGACAUCAUGAAAACCAAGUUCAAGGAUGAGUGGGCUCUCAAGUCCUUGCUCAACAAUAAUGAUGACUAAUUUUAGGGGCUGUACAAUACAAUAAACAACUAUAUAUGAGACACGCUCCCGGGUGACAGAAUAGCACGGGCGCAUCACCAAGAACCAAUCACCAAAGGGGCAUGCCCCGCCGGGGCUUCUCCUGUAAAUCCAAGCAGCCCGCGCCGCCUGACUCCAAGGCUCUCGCGUGCACUUGUGUGGUAUGCUGUGUAUUUUUUCUAUAUGCUAAUUUAUUUUACUUUCGCUCUGAUGGCGG